AUGUCUUCACAAAAAUUUUACGUCGAGACUGAUUUUGAUUCAGGAACCACAACCACAACCACAACCACAUCCUCACAACAACAGCCAAAGGUUGCACUCUCCACUUUGACUUCAUCUUUAUCAUUGUCCCAGGAACCAUGGAACAAGGUUCAAUCCUCAUAUGCUGCCAAAAGAAAGCAGAUGCAGGCAGAGCGAAUGCGUCAAUUGAAAGAACUAGAAGAGCAAGUAACAGAGACGGCAAAUUGGAACCAACGUCGAAAGGAUCUAGUAACAACUUCAUCUCGUCGACUUACACUCACAGAAGACAAUCAUGUAUACCCAGUCUCUAAUUCAUCCUCACCAUCAUCAUCCUCAUCGACACCUCCUCGAAGCCGACAAGCUUCUAAUGGCAGUGGCGGUGCUGCUCAGAAGGUUGAUUUGGGCGAUGCUACACUGGAAGACUUGGAAGGCUUGAUUGCCGCAUCUGCAAAGCGAUUGGCAAGCUAUCGACUAAGAAACCAGAAACUGGAUGCAACGUCUCAAGAUCUAUCUUCGCCGUCUCCAUCCAAGAAAAAGAACGACGAUAUGGACAAGUGGAAGCAAUUGUUAGACAGCAACAAUAGCAGUAGUAGUAGCACCCAACGCAUCCCAACUACAGCUUACUACAAUUCAGAUGCUGCUCUCGAUCAAAACUAUGCCAUAGUUGCAUCCUCAACCUCUCCUGUAGCUACACCCACCAAAUCAACCAGCCAAAUCGAAAGUGGGGAAAAGAGCCCUUCAGCCUCCUACCUUCGAUUGCGCAACAUGUUUGAAAAGGAUGCGCACUACAAAAAUCUAGAUACCAACACACUUCUCUCUUCAAAAGCGCCACAUCCACAGCCUAGUGAGCCAUCCUUUUCAAAGAAAUCGACAUCAUCCUUCUCAUUGGCAGAUCUUGCACACCCACCUUCAUCGCCUUGUUCGUCUUCUUCUUCCUCCACGUUACUGAACAGCCAUCGAAAGACGAUACCAACAUCAAACGAUUGGAAAAACAAACGGGACGAGCUUUCUAGCAUUACUGGCACACGAUCUUCCAUCUCAAGUGCAACAGCGCCCAAAAUCGAAUCGCCGAGAAUCAGUGCGAGUACAACACCACGUGUUUCAACAUCAUCUAUACAUCUAAGAAAAGCACCUCGAAGCCAUUUGAGUCAAUCACAAGCAGCAGCAGCAGCAGCAGCAGCAGCAGCAGCAGCAGCGUCUAUCUCACCAUCCUUGUCAUCUUCAUCAUCAUCCUCAUUAAUUGAUCAGCAAAAGAAAAGCACAGAUGUUACUGCUACAACAACCAGAUCCAGAAAAUUGAGCACAUUGGCAUCCUUACAGCAGCGUCAAAGACAAAAUCAUGUAGCCUUGAAACAACAAAAUCAGAUUGACAAGAAGGAUGACAAUGAAAUCAAGUCCGUGGACGAUUAUAUGAACAGCAUAAAAAAGACAUCCUCUACACUCAAUGCAAGAUCGCAUCGAGCGGAAAGCAGUAAUAGUUCUGAACAAGCGUCGCACAGGAGAAAAGUAAAACUGAGCAUCACGACAUCAUCCAAUGUUAACAGUGCAUCAAGCAGCAGCAGUAGCAGCAGUAAUAGUAACAUUAGAAAACCAAAAGAAACGUCUACUGUGUCGAAGCCUCAUACCACCACUGUCGUCAGACGAAAAAGGGGAAAGACACUGCCUGGAAAUCUUGCUUCACAGCCUUCCAUCGCACCAUUAUCACUACCGCCUAUGAAGGUUGAGCCACUGAACAUUCCCUCUGUACACAAGCAUACUCGCACUGUUGCAAAGACGCCCACUCGUAUUCCACUUCCAGCAAAUAGCAGCCAUACAGCCACAGGGGCAGCAUCAGCAACAACAUCCACAUCCACGACAAAACAAAGACUUGCUGUUGCUGCAAGACAAACAGCAGACAAUUCAGACGAUGAUUAUCAACACAAGACGAGCAAAAACAUAUCGAUGACCUCAAGAAUAAAGCAACAACAGCAGCACAGACAGCUUCGAAAACCAAAAUCAACUUCUAUCGUAUCGAGCACGCCAAAACUGCAAUCAAGUCGCUCCAACAAGAGCACAGAUGACAAUACGUUGCGCAAAAACACGUCAACGUCCACAUCCACAUCCACAUCAGCGACUACACCGAUCUCGUCCAGCACAACGACGAAUCAUGGGAAACAGGCGGGCGGUUUAGCCAGCUCAAUAUCCUCCAAGUCCAUGACAUCAGUACCAGCGUCAAAGAGAAAAGUAUCUACACUACAAGAGAGGCUACAAGGACUCGUGGAUGAGAGCAAAUCAUGGACAACGCAAAUGGAAAAGGAAAAGGCGACAACAAAGACGAUAGAAGGACAAACAUCCGAGAUCAUAUUGCGAGGCAGAGGCACCUCUACCACAGGCAAUCACAGCGAUGACCCUGUUGUCAAGAAACUGCUAGGAGGAGAACAUCCCAAAGUCAUGAUGCGAGUGGCCAUGUCGCCUGAAGCAGCACAAAAACUGUACCAAUUCAACUUGACGUCCUACGAAAAGCAAGAGAUGCAAAACUAUGAAAACAUCUACUUUGUAGGACACCAUGCAAAGAAACGGCCUGCCAGUCCCAGCCAAAGCUUCUGUAACUAUGGUUACGACGAUGAACGCGGUGACUAUUUGAUUCAGAUCCGAGAUCACUUGGACUACCGAUAUGAAGUAUUGGAGUUGAUGGGCAAAGGCUCCUUUGGGCAAGUUCUCAAGUGUUUCGACCAUCGUUCAGGCCAAACUGUGGCAGUCAAGAUUAUUCGUAACAAGAAACGAUUUCAUGCGCAGGCGCUUGUCGAAGUCAAGAUUUUGGAGGAACUGAUUGCUUGGGAUCCAGAGGACAAACACAACAAUGUGAGAAUGACGAGCCAUUUCAUGUUUAGAAAUCAUCUGUGCAUUGCAUUUGAAUGUCUUUCCAUCAAUUUGUACGAGUUUAUCAAGAGCAAUGGGUUCCAAGGAUUCAGUAUGGGUUUGAUUAGACGAUUUGCUAUGCAGCUGCUGAAUUCAUUGACACUGCUACAAAAGCACAAGCUGAUUCAUUGUGACUUGAAGCCAGAGAACAUUUUGCUAAAGCAUCCAACAAAAAGCACCAUCAAAGUCAUUGAUUUUGGCAGUUCAUGUCUAGAGAGCGAGAAAGUGUACACUUACAUUCAAAGUCGAUUCUAUCGCUCACCUGAAGUGAUCAUGGGCAUGAGUUACAGCAUGGCCAUCGACAUGUGGAGCGUUGGAUGUAUAUUAGCCGAGCUACACACAGGCUAUCCCUUGUUCCCAGGUGAAAAUGAGCAAGAACAAUUGGCCUGUAUCAUGGAAAUUCAAGAUGUGCCUGAACCUUACAUUAUAGAAAAGAGUACUCGUAGGAAGCUAUUUUUUGAUUCACAAGGGAACCCACGAAUACAGCCCAAUUCCAAAGGCAGAAAAAGAAGACCAGGCACAAAGACAUUAGAGCAUGCACUCAAGACAACGGAUGAAAACUUUUUGGACUUUAUCAACAAAUGCCUGCACUGGGAUCCUGAACAACGUCUCAAGCCUGACGAAGCAUUAAAGCAUCCCUGGAUGCUGAAAUCUACAAAAAAACAUAGUAUACCUCGCUAG